CGUUUAUUGACAAUGACUACUCACCUUGGUCCACAACCGAUAGAGCUAAUCCUGAAAGAAGAAAUAGUUGGGCGGUCUGCUAUAUCUCUUUUUGUUGGCUCUGAGGAGAUAUUAGAGAUAUGUGUGGGGAAUCAAAUGCUAAGUGCAGUGAUUCUACAAGUAUGGAUAAUGCAUUUGCAUGGGAUUUGUGUUCGAAAGGAUACUGCACACCUGUACGGUUUUCUUGACCCACAUACCACUCAAGAUGUGGGGAACAAGCGUGAAGAUAUUCAAACUUAUAUAAUGACUCAACUGAGUGAAGGAAACAAAGAGUGCUACUUACUACCGUACUACUAUCCUAACCAUUGGCAGUUGUUUGUAUUGUGCCCGAGGAAAAACUUAAUUGUGUUCUUAUGCUCUUUGGGGAACAAACCAAAGGCAAACAUAAAGAGUACUCUAGAUUUGGCGAUGCAAGCACAUCAAAUGACAAAAAAUAAAAGGAAUUCCAAGCCGAAAUGGAUUAAGCCAAUGUCUCGAAUGCAAAGAGGAAGUUUUGAAUGUGGAUAUUAUGUUAUGAGACACAUGACUACUAUUAUUUCUGCCAGUGUUGUGGAUUCGUGGAUGGAGAUAUUCAAUGUUCAAGACCCAUUUAGUGAACAAGACAUCAACGAGAUUCGAGAGCGUUGGGCAUUGUUUUUCUGCGAAGCAACUAGCAUUUAGUAUUUAUUUAGUAGAAAUUAAACAUUGUUAGCAUAUUAGAAAGUGAUAUGCAAUUUUGUUGCAACUUGCCAACUCUUGAAUUUUGAUGGUGUAAAAUGAUG